CUUCUCGCCGGGGCUCCCACCCCCUUCCCACGUUGGUCCUCCCCCCGACACUGUGGGACGGUUGCUUGGUCUCUGCUCUGAUGCAGAUUAGACCCAGUGUUGUGGAGUUGAGAUCACAGGCUGACUGAUGAAGGGAUAAAGUAGACAAAGGCGAGCAGGAAAAGUGUUGGAUAUAGUGAAGAGUGUGGACAUAGUUAGGGGGGCAGAAAGAGGAGGGACGCUAAAGAAAAUGGGCUUUCAGGUGGGCAGUUCUGCUGCUCUCCUCGUGCUCUCCCUGUGGACUGUUUUCUUUGACAUUUCUUCUGUUCUGGGUCAGGACCUUCAAGAGAGGGAUGCUAUCUGCACUCCAGCCGGCUGCUAUGUGGUCCACUUCCAGCGCAAGAUCUUCCUGGACUCGUGGAGAACCUGCAAGCAGAUGGGUGGCAACCUGGCCACAAUCAAACGGAAGGAGGAUGCAGCUGCCAUCGCCUCCCUUUUCUCCACUCUGGAUUUACGGCAGUCGCGCUCCCGGGUCCGGGUGUGGAUUGGACUGCAGCGCCAGCCUCGGCAGUGCACACCCGCUCGCCCGCUCAGGGGGUUCUCCUGGACUACCGGCGAUCAAGACACCCAGUAUACCAACUGGCAGAGCGACUACAACAUGGCUUCAUGCAUGGUUCCUCGUUGCGUGGUUUUGCGCUACGGGAUUAACGAGCAUGCGGACAACUUCAAGUGGAUGGACGGUUCCUGCUCCGUCCCGGUCGAUGGGUUCCUGUGCCACUAUUCCUACAGAGGAAUGUGUCCUGCCUUGAGGAAUGAGGGUGGAGGAAACCCCUUCUAUGCGACACCAUUCAACCUCAUGAGCACACUCUUAACCCAUGUACCGUUUGGAUCUGUUGCUACGGUACCAUGCCCUCCAGGUACCAGGGAAGGGCAACCGGUUUUGUGCACACUGAGGGAAGAUGGACGUGUGGGAUGGUCACGGGGCCCCCCGUUUUGCUCGGAUCUCCUACCAUCCAGCAUGUGUGAGAUCAAUAACGGGGGCUGUGAGCAGCUCUGCAGAUCAGUCAACGGUCACUUCUUCUGUGAGUGUUUUCAAGGGUACGAGCUGCGAAAUGACGGACUGACCUGCGAGCGGGUGAAUAUUUGUGACGUGGCCUCCUGUGAGUACGAGUGCCUGACUCUCAUGGAUAACUACCGCUGCGCCUGUCCGGAAGGAUACAUGCUGAAACGAGACCAGCACAACUGUGAGGAUGUAAACGAGUGUCUUCAGAGUCCCUGUGAGCAGCUCUGUGAGAACACGCCGGGAUCCUUUCACUGCAGCUGCCACAAGGGCUUCUUUCAACACUAUGAUGGUCGCUGCCAGGACAUAGAUGAGUGUCUGGACGACCCGUGUGAUCAAGUUUGUGAGAACACUCGUGGAUCCUUUAUCUGCCACUGCAGCCUCGGCUAUGAAAACGACCCAGACGAUUUAACCCAAUGCCAAGACAUCGAUGAAUGCCAAAGCCCGGACGCCUGCGAACACAUGUGCGCCAAUUCUGAAGGGAGCUACGAGUGCUACUGUAAGGAGGGCUAUGAGCUCAUGGCGGACCAGUCUUCCUGUGUGCACAGAGGCAGCGGUGAGCACCAGUCGAUCGUCACCACUCCGUAUUACUGGGUCACCCACCAGAGAGAGCCUGCAUGGGAUGUGCUGAACUAUGACAGGAGCACAGACCCGAGUCAUAACAGCUGGCCUGCAGAGAUGGACAAAGAGGACCUGGACUGGCUCACCAAACCGACAAGUCAGUAUGGCUCUGAGGUCAUCUACGUCACCAGAACACAACGGGAUGAACUUGACCCUGACUUCGCCCAGAACUCUGCAACGCACCGAGGUGAGGUACAGGAAAAAGUGGUUGUGUCCACCGUACAGCCAAGCACCAGCUCUAGCUCCACGUCAGACUGGUACUAUGACAAUGUGGAAGAGGGGACUACUACGGCUCUUCCACUCCAUUCCACCUCUACAGUAGUGGGAGGAGCUGCAAAUUUGUGGCCUAAAGUUUCUCCUUCCACUCAGAGCCCAGGAGAUUCCAGCCACCGGCAGGAAACGGGGGAGCUACAAGCAGAAAUGUCUGAUUUCCCAGAAGAUGAAUCAAAAGAGCAAAUAACAUGUGUGGGGGUUGCCCGCUCUCAUGGCCCUGCUGCUCCCAGUGAGUUCACUUCUUCCCCGCCCCUCCUGGGCGGCGACGGGGGGAGUGGAGACAGCCAGGAUUCUGUCAAAGAGGACCAGGAUCUGAGACAGAGCGGCACUUGGCUAUUGGUCGGCCUCCUCGUGCCCAUCUGCAUCUUCAUCGUGGUGAUGGCGGCGCUUGGCAUCGUCUUCUGCACCCGCUGCACCUCUCAGCCCAAAAACAAGAAGAGCAGCGACUGUUACCACUGGAUCUCGGGCGCCCACGACAAGCAGGGAGGCGCCGACCCGUCAGCGGGGGCCAAGGCGCAGGUUUAACCAAACAAGGGAUGGACUGACUGUCACAGAAACUCGGCGGUGACCGAGAGCGCGGCUGAACCUUUGACUGCGUGCUGUUGAACAUCAGCUGACAGACGGGGGGCCGCGUGGACCCCUGACCCUUCAUGGGAAAGGCCCGUCUGAGUGAUUAACUGCUUAAACACUGACCACACAGGGAUGCUCACUUAGUGAUUGCACUACAAAUUUUGAGAAUUGUUUUCAUACAUAUAUAUAAUUGUAAUUACCCUUUUUAUUAUCAAUGUUUUCCUGAGCAGUCACUGUAAAUAUGGGUUAAACCAAACACUUCUUUGUAUAUACUGUUCAUUCUGUAUAUUUAUGUAUGUUUCAUGUCGUGUUUUUUAAAAGAAUACUUUUUUUCCUGCACCUCAUAAAGCCGGUGUCACGCUGAGGGCUUUAGCACAUGGACUCCAUCAGAGACCCGUGUCUGCUUUAAGGGGGUUUUCCGCUAUCCCUGGCUUUUAUUUGCAGAGGUGUUCAGGAGUCCUCUCCACACAGGCCGUGAUUUACAGAAACUCUUUCUUCGCCCUUAAAGACGGCUGUCAGUUCCCGCUGUCUGCACGCCGGUUUUAUGGCUCCAGAUGUGCGUGGAGCUCCUCUCGCCCCGGGAGACAGAAGAGACGCAGCCCCGAACCAAACGUUCACACUGAAGGUGUUAGAGGUUCAAAGUUCCAGCAACAACUGAUAUCUCUUUUGUAAAGCUUUGAAUUAAAAAUGUUGACCUUCUUUGUGAAA